GAUUGAUUUGAGUUUUGUAGGGUUGAUUCUUAUUGAUUUUCAUUGAAUAAAUUGAUACUUGAUUUUUACUAAAUUUUGUAUAUAGUUAUUAUUAGAAAUUUAUUAAAUAUUGGAUUGUUUUUGAUUAAGUGUGCACCGAAUUUAAUAAUGACAAAGUUAAAGUCCAGGCCUGGCACACUAACGCGAAUCCGCGUAAAGUACCCGUUAGGGAACAGCUAUUUCCGGCACACAGUCGUGUCGAUAAUCGUUGUAGAAAGUCGGAAAAAAUAAUAUAUUACUUUACAAUACGUAAGGUAUCAAUAGUAGAGUAGCUUGUGACUGGAGGAGGUGCGUAAAUUCUUCAUUGGUUUCUGAUAAUUGCGAUAAUUUGUUGUUCAAAGUUUCGAUGUCUUCGGAGGUUGCUGUCCCAAAUAGGUAUUUUAAGAUCUUGCCUCCCGCAUUAAUUAAUCCUCGUUUCUCUCGUGUGAUGAUGUUAACAGUUGCUAAGCUUUUUAGUGCGACAUAUUCGGAUUUAUAUUCGUCCAAAGUAGUUUUUAAAAACGUGAGUUCAUCCGUAGGUAAAGUCCAUCGAGGUAUAGAGAAGUCAUCUUGAUCUCGGGUUCGAAUUUGCCUUUGUACUAAGGUGUUUAAGAGUUGAAGAUAUCGUUUGAGAAGAUGUAAUUGCUCGUCAUAUGGAGCGAAGGAUAUAUACGAAACGAGGAUCCAGUAAAUGCUUCAUAAUUUACUAGUAAAUGCUUCAUGUUUUCAUUAGGAACAGCAACCAAUAUCAAAAAUUAUUUUAAAGACCUCCAGAGGACAUUCAGUGCAGCUGACUAAGGCUUACCUGAAGGCACAGAUAUUCUGAAUUGGAGACAAAUAAAGUUAUGGAAAGUAUUUUUGAAAAUAAUGGAACUUUUGGUAAGUGCAUUUAAUCUGAAAAAAUAAUUAAUUGAUAAUUUGCAUGCAAGUAUAAUAAAAUUGUAUGACAUUGUGUUUAGAAUGUGGAGAACAAAUUCUCAUUAUUGAUGACAACCAUACUGAUCUUCAAGAAAACCCUGUUGUGGUUGUCUCUCCAGAUCCUUCAAAAAGCAUACAUAAUAAAAGUAAAGCAGAAUGGACCCAUGCAGCAGUAAAACUGUUAAUAGCAAGUAGAAUAGAUUUAGAAGAAGACUUUCAAAAACCUGUAGUCAAAACAAAGCUUUGGGCUAAAAUAGCAGAUAAGUUAUCCAAAGAGGGUUUUGCAUUUACAAGUUCAGAAUGCGAUCACAAGUGGAGAAAUCUCAUGAUUACAUACCGAAAAAAUGUUGAUAAGAGCAAAACAUCUGGAGAAGGCAAAAUUAGAUGGGAAUAUUUUAAAGAAUUGCAUGAAACUUUUGGUAGGAAUAUUAACACCAAUCCGCCAAUUAAUUACAUGAAAUCUUCUUCAAAAAUUAAUUCCAAAAGCAGCAAUUUUAUGAAUGAAUGUACUCAAGAGGUGCUAACUGAAAUUACCUGGGCCCGAAACAGAGAUUGUGUCAGUAUUAUAAGUACUGAAAAUUCAACAGUUCAGGUCAAUCCAACUCCCGUGGCCGCUCAAACCUCUUGCACACAGUUGAAUAAAGAAAAUGAUUGUCGGGUUUUCUGGAAAAAAAAGAUAAAAGUGAAUUAAUUAAACGUAGAAAAAGAAGUCAGAAUGAGCCACCAUUGUGGUAUGUUGAAGAUAUGAAACGCAGGGAUAGGAAGAGAGAGGAGAGAGAGAAAAAGAAAGAUGAAAGAU